AUGUCUUCAGAGCCAGUGCCAGGUGCUGACCCUGGCAGGAGAGGCCUGAAGAAGCCACAUCCGUUCAGCAUCGAGGACAUCCUCUCCAGCCCCGUGGAGAAGAGCCCCCAGGUCUUGGUGCCACUGUGCCUACGGAGUAUCUUGGACUGCACACCCAGGCGGCUGUGUGAGCUGGAAACCAUCCCAGCUAGCUCCCUGCAGGAGGAGGAGGAGGAGGAGGAAGAGGAGGAAGAGCUGGAAGGGGCAGGCUGCAACUGCUGCUGCUGUUCUCACACGAGUGCCCGCUCCCUGCAAGACCUGCCGGGCUGGCUGGAUGCCCGGUUCUCCUGGCCCAUGCGGCUCUUCCACCCAGCGGUCAGGGUCUGUAAGAGCUCCCAGGAGAAGUCGAGCGAGCUGCAGACCUUCCAGCAGAUCCAGCGCCGCACACGCCGGCACCGCACCAUAUUCACCGAAGAGCAGCUGCAGGCGCUGGAGACGCUUUUCCACCAGAACCAGUACCCGGACGUCGUCACCCGCGAGCACCUGGCAAACCGCAUUCACCUGAAGGAAGAGAGGGUAGAGGUUUGGUUUAAAAAUCGUCGGGCGAAGUGGCGGCAUCAGAAGAGGGCGACUGCCUCAGCGCUGAUCCUCCAGGCCAAGCAGCCCCCCAAGGAGAGCUGUUAG